GGCGAGUUGCCGUGUAUCGGGGGUCGCUGUAAUGGAUUUGAUGCGGUUGAUCAAAUUGCUUUUAAAAAAAACGUAUAUCUUUUGUGAAAUACUGUGAAACAAAUUGAAUCAAAGUGGAAGUUUGGGAAUAUUUUAGCGUGAAACAAUUGUAGAAAGUUUACUUUGAUUCGGUGUGAAGUGAACCAUGGAAUUUUUGUAGAGGUUAGUUUCCGAUUUAACUGGCACGAUGGUUUCUUCUACGAGCGGGUGAUUAAAUCAAUGGGUCGAAAAGUUUUGCAUUGAGUUUGAUAGAAAGACAAAAGUGCAUUUUAACAAAAGAAUAAAUGCGAAGUAGGUCAGAAGCAAGUUAAGGAAAUUUGUGGGAAGCAAUAUAGCUGUAUUGAUUCUCCAUCAAGAUCGUCGAAAUUACGAGGUCGUUAGAGAAGGUAUGUUCGCAUAAAGAUCUCGGACAAAGUUUAUCGUUGCUGGUGGAGGAUUGACAGCCUCCGGCAGGGCAAGUCUCGAGGCGAAGGAUCUCGAGGAAGUGGAGGAGUGAACCAGGUGCGAGCUACCAGGAGAGCCUGGCACCUGGCUGUUUAGUGGCUGUUGAUAAAGGGGGGGUGACGGGUAACAGCACCUAAGGGCGGGUGGGGGGAUGCAGCUCGAAAGGGUGGCGGCAUGGAGGAGCCCUCGCUGGAGGCUCUCAUGCAGGCGGGCCUCAUCUUCGUGGUCAGUGUCGCCAUCAUCCUCUCGAAUCUCCUCAUCAUCGCCACCUACCUUAAUUUCCGUGGUCCCUCCGAGGUGAUAAACUACUACUUGCUGUCUCUCGCGUCGGCGGACCUUCUUUGUGGUCUGCUGGUGGUUCCGCUUUCGGUGUAUCCGGCGCUGGUACGAAGAUGGGUCUACGGGGACAUCGUGUGUCGUCUCGUUGGCUAUUUGGAAGUUACUCUCUGGGCGGUAUCCGUUUACACCUUCAUGUGGAUCUCCGUCGAUCGAUAUUUGGCUAUCAGGAAACCAUUGCGUUACGAGACCGUGCAGACGAAGACCCGAUGCCAGUGCUGGAUGGUCUUCACGUGGAUCAGCGUGGCGAUGAUGUGCUGCCCGCCCCUCCUAGGUUUCCAAAAGCCGAUUUUCGACCGGGAGGCGUUCAUCUGCAUGCUCGACUGGGGCAACAUGGCUGCUUACACCAUCACACUGUCGAUCCUCGUGCUAGGCCCAUCGGUCAUCACCAUCGUCUACACCUACUGCUACAUCUUCACUAUGAUGAGGCGGCUAAGAUCCGGCGUACUGAUACACGACAAGGAGUACGCGACCGCGCUCUCGGAAAACCUGAGUAAUCCGAGUCACAUCAUGUCCUUUGUCCUGGUGAUGGCUUUCUGGGUGUCCUGGGCACCGUAUGCCGGUCUCCGGAUAUACGCUGUGGUUAAUGGACCGCCGCAGGUACCGUUUCUUCAUUUCGCGGUAGUAUGGCUGGGAGUGACGAACAGUUUCUGGAAGGCGGUAGUCCUCGGAACCCUGAGCCCGCAGUUUCGAUUGGCGGCUCGCGUGCUCUGUCUGACGUUGUGCUGCCGGCAUAGACGACUUCCGCCCGAGCUGCUCGGCCUCGACGACGACGAUUAAACGCCAAACGCCUACGAGAACAAGAGGGGAAACGCUUUCCUUUUGCGCGCGAGCGUUUUACAACACGCGCCUCAUUCCUAGAGCAUCGCUUUUCAUCUCACGGUAUUCGAGAUCGUUUCUUGCAUCCGCCACCGUUCUCUCGGAGUCUUCUUCGAGGGCUGAGACUGAGAUUCUUUGUUCCGAAAGGUGCUACCACGACGUCCAUGACAAACAAACGAUCGAUGCAGUAGGAUUUCCAAAAUGUGGGGUAAAUUUUAGGAAAAUUAUUUAUAAAAUAGGAAUUCUUGUCGACGAAUUGUUCGAUAAACGAACGAUCGAAGAUUAAAGAAAGGAAUUCCUUUUUUCUUUUUUUGACCGUUGCCAUUUGAAAACUUCAUCUUCACUCUAUCUUCAAUACAUCUAUUAUAUAUCUAUAGAUUGAUGCAUAUAAAAUAUCGUUUUUUUUCUUUUUUAUUUUUAUGUCGAAUUUUAUAUCGAAUAGAAUAAUCAGAUAACUGGCAGAAUUUUAAUUUCGCUUUAUUUCCAAAAUAAUUUGUAAAAUGUCAGUUCUAAUAAUUAUGCAAAAGCGUACAAGUUGUUCUAAAAUAACUUAUUAAUUGAAACGAUUAUCUGAUAAAAAUAGAGGGUAAUAAAUAAUUUGUAAAAAUAUUUCCUUCAAAUAUUUCUAUAUAUAUUUCCAGUUUUUUGUUUUAAAUUUAAAUACAAUGAUAAAAAAGAAAUUAAUAUAUUACUCUGAAGAAGUGAUAUUUCAUAUAUAAGCAUCAAUUUAAUAUUUAUCAUUUCAAUUGAAACUGUUAUCAUUCUCACUAAAUGGAAAACGAAUUUUCAGCUAAGCAUGAUUUCAGCCAAGUAUAAUAAAAUAAAUUUCUCUCUAAAAUGAAUGAACAGUCAGACACCAUAAUAAUAAUAAACUUCGAAAAAACUAAAGAUUUUUAUCAACGGAAUUAUCUUUUAUCAUUAAACGUGUUCGAUUCAAUCCGAAUUGUACAUUGACGCGUGUUAAUAAAAAAUCUAAUAAAAAGAGAAAAGAAAUUAAGAAACCGGACAGAAAAGAGAAUUAAAAAGAAUAGAUUUAUCGUUUCUUCAAACUAUUCAUAUCACCUAUAAAGAAAUCGCGUAAUUUUUUUUAUACAAUUUCAAUUUAAAUAAUCAAUUAUACGUAUAUUUAUAUACAAGCGUUUAUUAUUAAAAAAAAUUACUUUAAUUCGAUAAAACGCGAAGAAAGAAGCAUGAAGUACAGUUCAAAGAAAUCGAAGCUCAGCUUGACGAAGAUUCUCGAUAGGAACACCAUCUUCGUUAGCGAAUACGUCGAUCUAAUUCCCUUUCGACGACGUUUUCACUCGACAUGAAUCGCUAUAAUUGAUUAAAUCGCGGCGACGCUCUGUUUAUUUCCCUUUUUUUUUUGCUUUUUCUUCUUUUUUCGCGAAACGCUCUCGAGAGAAAAAUCGACGAAACGCGGAGAGCUCGCGCGUUCCUCUCCUCUCCGUCGUUUCGUGAGAGCGUUCCCGACGGAAAUUGAUCGUUGCCUACAUUAAAUGUAUCUACGUGGUAAGAUCAAGCUCAAAACAAAUAUCUUAGCCAGUCGAGAUAAAAAAAAAAAAAGAAAGAAAAAGAAAAAAAAGUAACGUAUAAAUAUAUAAUCGGGGGACGAACGAUUUGCUUGCGAUCACGUUAAUGUGAUUACAUGGAUAUCGAUCGAAAAAAAAGGUGUAUGAAAGAAGAAUGAUAAAAACAGGACGCAAAAAUAAUAAGAGAAUACUAGGUCAAUUAACGGAGAUGCCUCUACGGAAUGCGACGCCGCGUCUAUCUGCGCGCCAGUAGAAUGCCCAAUGUGAAACUGAGAACUCGAGGAUGGGGUUCCGAUCGCCAUGGUUAUACGCUUUUUUUUUUAAUAACGCGCUUCCUCCUCUACUCGGCCACUCGAUCGGAAUUCUUUCCGCUCUCUCUCUUUCUAAUUUUUAAUCAACAACGAGUGACAGGUUUAUUUUGUCUAUUUCUUUAUUCUAACUUUUUUAACUUUUUGUUUGAGGAAUAAUGAUAUUGUGAAUAAAAUAAUGAUAUUGUGAAUAGAAUUGCUUGUACAUUUAUGAAAAUUUAUAUUUGAUUGGAAAUGUAUAAUGUUUUUAGUAUGCAAAGUAUUUGGAUUAUAGGAUCAUUCAAUGAAUGAAAGAAAUCUUUAAUCUAUUUAAAUUUCAUUUAUUUAAUUAUAUUUAUAAAAAUCCAUAGUCUGCUUCUUAGAAUUUUUGAAAAGUUAAAUAAUAUUUUUCAUAAUUAUUGUUUUUUUUUAAAUUUUAUUUAUAACACAUUAGUUAUAACAUAUUAGUUCUUUAGAAAAAAAGGAAAAAUUGAAAGAUAGUUACUUCUACAAAGAUAAAAGAUAUUUAAAUAUUUAAUAUUUAAUAUUUGAUUUAGAUUGCUUAAGAUUAUAAGCAAUUAAUUUUCUCUAAUUAUUUUCCUUAUUCAUCAAAAAAAUUCACAUUUUUUUUUUAUUAAUAUUAAUCCUAAUAUUCUUUUGUACAACAAACAGUUUAAAUAAAUUUAUUGAAUUUUUCUUUUAUAAAUUUGUAUAUAAGUGAAUAUUUCUAUAAUUUUAUAAUGUUUUUCAACAAUUUUUCUUUUAAUAAAAUUACCUCUAUUUAAGAGAGAGUAAUUUCUCUCUAUUAAAAGAAAAACUAUGAAUCGAAAACAUUUUAUAAUUUAAUUCUAGAUAUGCUUCUAAAAAAAAAAAAAUUUAUAAAUAUAAGAUUCUAUAUAUUGUUAAAUAUUAAAGUUAGAUACAAAUAAAAAAUUUUUAUCAUAUAAGAUCAAAUUCUAAUCAAAAUAAUUAUUAAACUUUCACCAUUAUUGUGUCAAGAAACAUCGACCGAUAACGAUAAAAGCUAAUUGAAUAAAGAUUAAUUGAAUAAAAAAGUACAAAUUCAUUUAAGAACUGCUUUCGACAUUUAUUGUCAUUAACUAUUUUGAGAGUGAAAGUCACUAUCGGACAAUCACUUCCAAUGCAGUGUCCAUUUACGAAAAAUAUUUUCGAGAGUUUUACUCUCAAAUGUAUUCGCACUCUAAGAAAUUAUGAAAGAGCCAUAGAUGAAAAAAAUAAUAAAUUUCGUUGUAAAUUUACUGGACGAAGGAUCGCUGAUAAAGUCGAAUCACUUCGUGAUACUCUAUUAUUCCAUAAAUUUUCUCUCGAAACUUCGUAUCGUAUUCGAGAUAGGAAUUUAAUUUAAAGAUCUUCUUAUUCGAGUUUUUAUUCAAAUCGACAAGAAACGCGAUAUAAAACGGGCAAAAACUUGGAGAAAACAUUUUCCGUGGGUGGAGAGAAAGCAACGGCUAUUAAUAAAACGUACGGUUCAUUUAUAAACCGGACCGUUUCUGUAGCAAAUAAACUCAGCUGUUCAAGUAGCGCAGUUACGAAUGUUGCAUGGCUAACGCUUUUAUGUAACGAAACUCUGCAUGACGUUUCCGUGACGGAGAUAUUUAUGCCUUGCUCUAAACGUUGUACGCAUUCUAUGUAAUUGUCGAUGAAAAGAUGCGUGUAAUUAAGUGUUCCGUUGGGGAAAAUGUCGGUGAUUCUGUGACAGCUUCAGUGAAAUCAAGUUGUAUUAUAUGAAAUGAAGGAUUCGUUACAAUAACGACUCAUGUUGAUUUUUGUUUUUUUUCUUUUUUCUGUUCAAAAGAACAAAUGAUUAAAUUAAACUUUAAUAACUUUAAUUUUUGUUCAAAAGAUAUAAAAUUAUAUAUUAUUUCACAAUUUUUUAGCGAUAUUAAUUUUAAAAAUGAAAUGAAAAAUAUAUAAAAUUGAAAUGAAUAUUUUUUAAAAAUAAUAUUUCAAUGGUAAGUAUACUUUAAUUAAUAAAUUCCCCUUUGAUAAAAAGUAGAAAUUUAUUUAAAUUGAAAAAGACAAAUAUUUUAUAUAUUACGGCUUAAUAAAUGUAACUAUUUGAUGGAUUAAAUAAUUGGGAAAAAAUAUAAUAAAUUGAUAUAGUCUGGGAAAAAUUGAUAUAGGAUACUUGCUUAAAAAUAAAUAGAAUAAUUUAUCUUAACUAUUUAUGAGAGAUAAAUACUUAUGCUGUUAUUUAAUUACAUUUAUCUGAAAUAAAUAAUAAAAUAGAUCUAGAAAUUUGAAACACUUGUAAAAAAUAAUGUGUCACGUGAAAGUUAAACUCUUUCAUCGAUUUGUGUAUACGUUGUUCUCAAGGUUUAGAACGUUCUCAGAAGCAGACAUAAUAUUGAUUGAAAUAUAGGUUUUUGUUACGCAUUUGAUUGUACGACGAAAAAGAAAAAGAAUUGUGUGUUGAGCCAGAUAUUUACAUAUCGUAUAUUAAGUACGAAAUAAUCUAAAUUUUUUAUAGAAAUUUUUCGCAGAAAACAAAUUAUCUUAAAUAAUAUUUAAUAUUUUAUACAUGUACAACACGAUCAAAUCUUAGAAUACUUCUACAAUUGUACAUAUAUUAUUAUUUUUGAAAAUUUAAAUUAAUUGAAAAUAAAUUCUAUCCUGUUUUUUGUAAAAUAUUACUUUAAAAUAAUUCUAAUAAUACAAACAACUUUUGAUUCCUCGAACAACGAAAAAAAAUAUUUAAAAAAUGAUUUUUUGAUAAUAGAAAAAUUUGAAAAAAGUUUCAUUUAGUUAAGAAAGAAAAGAAAAAUGAAGAAAAAGAGAGAGAGAGAGAGAGAGAGAGAGAGAGAGAGAGAGAGAGAGAGAAGGAUGGAGGAAAAAAGAGAAAGAAAAGUUCAGGAAAAUAUUGUUCCCGUUACGCUCCAAAAUGCAAUGCUCAUACGCAAGCAGAUGAGCGAGAUCCUGAGAUUUCUUGGAUGAUGAACAUUAACCCUUUAAAAAGAAAUCCAAUACGCAAAUCGGUGUCUAGAAAGUCUCAGCUUCUACUCUAUUUUUUACUCUAGACUUCGUGUUUUAUUAAACUAUAAGGCUCUUCUGAUAAAAUAAAAAGGACUACGAAUACCAUUAGAUGCGCGACGGUAAAUUUAUCGUGCCAUUUUGAUAUACCAAGCUAUUAAAUUAAAGGGUUAAGGUGCCCGGAGGUGCUCUGAAAACGCUGAUAUUAAGAAACGUCGAAACAUUUUCUCGAUAAUUUAUACGAAAUGCGAAAUAUCACGAUAGCGGCCAUUAUUCAAUGGAAAAAUAAAUGGAUUUAAAAUAACGAGGGAACGGAUUUUGUCGAUGUUUUGUGAUGUUACGAUGUUUUAACUAUAGAACUGAAUCAAAAAAAAGUUUUUUGACUAUGUUAUAGUUGAAGCAUUAGCUAUGUAAAACAAUACCCCGACUAAAAAAAGAAAAAGCAAAAAAAUAAAAUCUUUAUUGAUUGACGACUUGUUAUUAAACAAUUGUUUGGCAGAUUUUAACGACAGUUGUACGAUUUUUAUCGUAUUAAUAAUUUGCUACGAACGAACAACAUGUCGUGCGAAUUGUUUGCCAAUGCGACGAGCCAUGGUAUCGAUAUUUACAAUUUUCUUGUGUACAUGAAACAUUUCUUUUUUUUAAUAUUAAUGACGAGAUACAAUUUAAUAAAUAAUACUCGUCAAAUUCAAUCUUUGGAGAAACGAAACUUCGAUAUUUUUUCUUUUCUUAUCGAGAAAAAUAAUAUUUAAUUUGAAUAAUUUAAAGACAUAAUUAGAAAAUAUCAUUGUUCGUCGUAUCGUCCAAUAAUUCCAAUAUCUGUUUUCUAUAUUUUUUCAUCUGUAUAUUAAUACUCUCUAUAAACAAUGUCCUAAAUAAUAAAAAUUUCGCAAGUUUUUUAGCCGGGGUUCAUCGUGGCACAUAAGUGGAUUAAAAAACGAAAAAAAAAAAAAUACGCUAUGAUUUUGCUCCGAAUGUCUCUUCAUGUGUGUAUGUACAUAUUAGAUCGCGUGUGACGCGGUUCUUUCGUCCAAAUCCGUCGUUGCAAAACUUUAAACUUUUAUGAUGCAACGUCUCGGAUGCACGCUGACAUAAGAGUAACUGCAUCAAGCAAGGAAAUUGAUUUGGAUAAAUGUUUCGUGGAUUAAAUAAUUCUAUUUCCUGCUGAAUUCGUUUGAAUAGAAUGAUUUAGUAAAAUCAGAAUUUUUAUAUACUUGAAUGAGAUACGCAACGAGGAAAUUAUUUCAUUCUUGAAAACAUGAAGAGGAGUCAUUUAAUCUUAUUUCAUUCAUAAAAAUUAUAUCGAUUGUGCAAUAAUUGGCCCAUUCAGAAAUCAAAUUGAUAUCAACUCCGUAUUUGUGAAAAUUUCUUAAUUUUAAAAUCAUUAAAAAUAUGAAUGAUACACGUUUAAUUUUUCAAAGGUAAAUAAAUUAAAAUGAAUAAGAUUGGCCAACUUUUGUUUAUACAUGAUCCAAUCGAAUAACUUUGAUACGAUAAUUUAUCUUUUAGAAUCUAGGUACAUUUACAUUGUCUUCGAAAGUUCAAUGCAAAAUGUUUAAAUUCAUUUAAGGAUCAUCAUCCAGCCUUUAUUUUUAUAAUGAAAUAAUUAAAUAAUAUCUAUAUUUUCUUUAAACGAUAUUACAUCGAUCGAGAUAAUUCCUUCAGUUAUUCUAUUUGAUGAAAAUUAUAAAAAUAAAUUAUAGAAUCUUCAAAGAUUGAAAUGAUUCUUCUUCGAUGUAAACUCGAAAUCUAACUUAUACUGAUAUUUUGAUUGAAAUAAUUAUUUCAAUAACUAUAUAUUCAAUCAUUUAUUCAACAUAUGUGUACGAAACAUUCUUCCAUCGUUUUUAAAUAACAAACAUCUUUUUGAAACGCGAGCUUUCAACAAUUUGAAACGCGUCCUUCCCUGCAGCCAGAAUUCAAUUACUCCGUCACGCCACACAAAAGGCGAAGGAGUGGUCGCUUAAAAGGGAACACCGUUCGAAAUACCAGCUUCCGGUCUUGUUCCAUCAAAGCGAGAAAGAGAGAGAGAGAGAAAGAGUUCCACUUGUGUCAGCGUGCAUCCGCGAAACCGCCAAACCGAGCAGUAUUAAAUUCCUCAGCGAUAACGAGAUUCUAAAUACUUUAAAGUCGCUCAAGAAAAAAAGAAAAAAAAAAUGAAAGAACUGGAACGAAGCAGAAGGAAGAAGGGAUAAAGUAAAACGAAAUUGAAGCGAAACAAAAGAAUGAAAAGAGAAGGUAAAAAGAAAAAGAGAAAAGAAUGGUAUAACCCAGUACCUGCGUUGAGAAAGAAAAAUCGAAGCGUUGCUUCCCUUUGUGUUUUCUUUUCUCGUUGUACACUAUAUUUAUUUUCUCGUCUUGCAGACGCAACGUGGAUAAAAAUAACACGAAGAAACAAAAUGGCAAAGGAAGGGAUGGGAUUAUGAUAGGGGAUAGGAACGGAGGAUACGCGAGAUAUGGUCCCUGGCAGUUUUCCGGGCGGCCUCCAUUAUUAACGAUUAAUUACAUUUUUGUACCUAGCUGCUAGUUUUGUACUAGUUUUGUAACGUACCUCACCACCGGACGUGCUGUUAUUGCAUAUUUUAAGCGGUUGUUAAAAUGGAAGGUUGAUCGAUCACCCACAUGGAUGCCCGGCGUUCAUAACGUGGUUGUACACGAUCGAUGAUCGUAGCGAUGCUAAACCGGCACGGCCUCGUGUGAUAAACACGACAUUGAAAUUAUCGCGAAAAAUUUUCGUGGCUCAACGAUUUUGACAAGUUUUUUUUUCAAGCGUGGACCAUCCGAUCGAUGCAUUCCUUCGAAUGGAUUUAUCCAUUCUGAGUACAGGAAGGAAGAGAUUGAUGAAAAUUGUUUUCUCUCAUCGAAAAUCGUUUUUCGAAAUGUAAAUUAUAAUUUCUCUUUCGUUCGAAAUAAAUUGGAACAGGAUAUUUUAUCGAUCUAAUCGAUAUCGUGAUUAUCACAUCAGGCAUAUGGUUGUAAAGUACAAUAGCAAUCUCGAGGUUCCACCUGUAAGAUCGAGAGUACUUUAAAGAGUUAUUUCAGCGCUGCAAAUAAAACAUCUUUAAAAAUAAAAAUGAAAAAAAAGAUAAAAAAAGGAAAGUCUUGUUAAUCAAUAUCCAUAUAUUAUUACGAUAAUAUAUAUAUAUUAUCGUAAGUAACUAUGUUUAUCAAUACGAGAAAUGUUGUAUUUGAUCGCUGAAAUGCUCGAAUCGCGCGCAAGCAAUCAAAAAAAUGAAAAAAAAAAGAAAAAAACAGGAAUAUAAAACUCGCAAGAAGAUCGUUGUUAGGAUGCAAGCAUGCGUUUUAUUCACGCUUUACCUAUUGUCUAUCGCAAUGCUUAGAAUUAAGAUCGAAUCUCCAAACGCGGUGUACCAUCGAUACGCUCUGAAUAUACAAAGAUUAAAAAAAAAAAGAGAAAAAGAUCCCGAAAAUUCGUGCGUGGAUGUUUGACGAAGCGUUAAUCGCGUGCUUUCAUCCUGCAUGCGUUGAAAAACUUGCAAGAAAAGGGAACUCGGAUCAUGGUGGACUACGAUUCUUGGUUGUCCGAGCGAAAUGACGGGUGUACUAGAUACGAAAUUCGACGAUAACGGUACAAUAUUAACGAUUAUUGUCCUAGCGCAAUAGAAUAGUAAGAUGAUAUUCCAAUAAUAAACGGCGAGAUCGUAGAUAUCGCAAAUUUCACUCGA